UAUCUGGGGUCGUGAUCACCAAUCGAAUCUGUGCUCUGGCCGUGAGAGAUUGUCCGUCGUCGUCGUAGUUGUUUUAUUGUGUCAUCUCGGUUGUAUAGGGCUUCUUAUCUCGAGCCCGGUUUGUUGUUAUUAAAGCAUCUUUUUUAAUUUUUUUUUCGUUUAUUAAUAUUUCACACGAGAAUAUCUCAUAGAACUGGUUGAUUAAGUUUUUAAAAAUAAUCUUUUAAUAAAUGAAUUCAUUAGCAAAUAAUUGUUAGCAUCGCGCAUCGACAUUUGAAAAAUUUGCUGAUUUAACAAGUUUUUUUGAUAUUUUUUUAUGUUGAUAUCGUCAUUUAACAUUAAAUAUUAUUUUACUAUCCAUUUAUAAUAAUUGUAAACAUAAACAUGACUAGGUAUCUUUUUCUGAUAUCGUUGACAUUAUUAUACACCAUCUCUGAUGCAGCUAUAACAAAACGUGCUACUCGAAAUCAACAAAAUUAUCAACAAUAUGAAAUACAAACAUAUCGGUCAUCAGGACAACCAAACCUUGCACAACCAAUAGCAAAUAUAAUUGGUGCAAUUGCCAACCCUUUAAAUAUCUUGGCCGAAAGAUUAACCAGACAACCUGAUUCUCCACAAUUACAGCCUGGUUAUGGUCCACCCGGGCCUCCACCUCAUCAUGGGCCACCUGGUCACCAAGGACCUCCUGGUCCUCCACCUCAUCAUGGACCUCCUGGUCACUAUGGUCCCCCUGGUCACCACCAUGGACAUCAUAGACAUCAACAACCCAAUGGUUUUCACAAUACACCAUCAACGGCACCUUCAUUCAACCCGUUCUUGACUUAUAUACCUCCUCGAGAACAAUAUAACAGUGAGCCAAUGCAAAUAAAUCCAGAGAAUCCGUUUUUAUUUAAAAAUAAAACCUCUAAUUCAGAUAAUCAACGGCAACCAGGCUUACCAUUCACUCAAGGUCAGUUUAAUCAGGGAUCAAACUUUGGACAGGGACAAAAUUACCCAAAGCCAGGAUUUUCACAGGGACAACAUUAUCCAAAGCCAGGAUUUUCACAAGGACAAAAUUAUCCAAAGCCAGGAUUUUCAAAUUAUCCAGGAAACAAUAAUUGGAAUGGAAACCAACAACCACAACAGCCCAAUCAAUUUGGAAACAAUGGAGCUGAUAAUUAUAAUUUUAACGGCUACCCGAAUAAUGCCCAAAAUAAUAAUAACGGCUUCGGAACACAACCAGGCGUUGGAUCUAAUACAAAUCAAAACCGUCAGCCUCAAUUCCAAAAUCAAUUUUUAAACAAUAACAAUAAUGUACCUCAAACUAACAAUGGUUUCGGCCAGAACAGACCUUCUUCGCAGGGAACAGGUUUGAUUGAAUCAACAUUUGGAGGAAUUGGAUCCGAAGGAAAUCGCUUGCCUCAAACUCAGACAGGAAAUCAGUUUGGCAACAAUGGUUUCAAUAACAAUAACCUUGGAAGUUCUCAAGGUAAUAACAAUUUCGGAGGACAGAAAACACCUGACAAUGGAUUAAUUGAAUCAACAUUUGGAGGAAUUGGAUCGGAAGGAAAUCGCUUGCCUCAAACUCAACCAGGAAAUCAAUUUGGCAGCAAUGGUCAAAAUAACAACAACUUUGGAACUUCUCAAGGUAAUAACAAUUUUGGAGCACAAAAUCCAACCGACAACGGAUUGAUUGAAUCUACAUUUGGAGGUAUUGGAUCUACUGGAAAUAAUGGAGCACAAAUUCAGCCAUCAACUAAUGACAACAAUGAUUUAGUAAGUUCAAUAUUUGGUGGCUUCACUGAAAAACCUCAAUCUAACUCUCAAAAUCCCUCCGCUGGAGGAAAUGAUUUGAUCCAAACAACUUUUGCCGGCUUUGGGCCAGACGGUUUACCACUUUCCCAACCAGCACAACCACAAGGCCAAUCUCAAGCACAGCCUUCGAAUCCAAAUGAUAGCAAUGAUUUGAUAAGUAGUGUAUUUGGAGGUUUGCCGGCAAAUACUCAACAAAAUAAUUCCGGCAAUCGUGAUAAUGUUCUACAGAAUCUAAAUCAAUCUGAUGGAAAUGAUUUAAUCGAAUCAGUUUUUGCAGGAUUACCAUCUCCAUCACCAAAUACAGCUAAUAACUACCAACCAAAUACUGAUUUGAAUGUGCAAGUGAAAGAUAACAAUGAUUUAGUCGAGUCAAUAUUUGCUGGUACAAAUAACAAUAACAAUGGACAAAGAGAUGUAAUUGGAACAAGUACUGUUCCAACAUCAACAACCAAUAGCAAUGGUUUGAUAUACGAUAUUGAUGUUCGAAGUUCAUAAACAAUGUGUAAAUACAUAAAUACUCAUAAAUAAAUAGAUGUUUUCAUUACUUUUA